AUGUCCAGCUUCAUUACAUUUUCAUCCCAAGCCGGCGUGAAAAGAUAUUCUUUUCAAAAAUCGGAUUUUUGCAAUAAGUCAAAGGAAUUUGGGAGAUAUCUUCUCCCUAAUGCCAUCUAUAAUUGCUUGAAUCGACCUUCCACACAGUUUCUUUUCUUAGUAAUGAUAUUACAAUUCUUGUUUCCAUAUUCAAUACAUGUAAGCGUUACAAUUAUCUCAUUAUUGUUCUCCUUCUCCACAUCAAUAAUAAUCGAUGUAAUUCGUUAUUAUAAAAAUAAACAAUACAAGAAACGCAUGACUGGAAGAAAGGUUUUAGUAUUAGAAAACGAUCAAUGGAUAUCAAAAUCAUGGUCAGAUCUCAAUAUUGGCGAUAUAAUUAAAUUACAAAACGGUGAUUAUGCGCCAGCUGAUCUUAUAAUAUUGAAUACUGCUGAUAAUCAACAGUGUUCAAUCGAAUUAUACUUAAUUGAUGGCUCUCCUCAGUGGCAGCCAAGAACUCCGAUAAAUUUUACAACAGAUAUCAAAGAAAAUCCAAAUUUUCUCCUGCAUAGCAUUCGAGUAGAGCAUUACGAAGAACAAUUUGUUCCUAUUUCUGAAUUUAAUACGAAAUACAAUUUUUUUGCAAAAUUGGAUUUCAACAAAAUAACAUACGAUGUAAAUAAUACAAAUUUCGUCGAAAGAUACUCUGCAUUUUACCAUAAAGGAGAAAUCAUUUGCGGUGUUGUUUUUACAGAAUCAGAUUGUUUAUCCAAUUAUUCAAUGCACACUCAAUAUAAAACAUCUCGAUUUGAGAAAGAACUCAACAAGCUAACAACAUGGCAAAUCUAUUUUCUCAUUUGUUUUGCAUUUUUGAUAACAAUUUUUACAGAUUUUUAUCAAUCUCAAUUUGGUAUCUUUUCUGCAUCAGAUCUACAAAUAUUUUUACUGUUUGCUGAUCAUUUUUCUUAUUACAUCAUUCUUUUAUCCCCUUUAAUUUCGAUACAAAUUUUCACUGUUCUGGAUCUCAUAAUUUUAUUGAAUUCUCAGAUCAUCCAGACACAUUAUGAACGAGCCUCCAUAUUCAGUAUUGAUUCUUUGAGUGAAUCAACAAAUAUUAGUUCAAUAAUCACUUCAAAAUCGAUGAUUUUAGAGCGAAAACCAUGUUUGAAGAGGAUAUUUCUUAAUAAUACAAUAUACGGAACAGAUAUUACUGCUAAAUUACUGUCAAGAAACAUCGAAAACGAUAUUUUACAAAAUAAACCACUGAUGAAAGACUUUUACGACCAAAACCUUGUCAUGAGUCAAGAUAAUGUUAUGUUCUUCCAUCAUAUAUCACUUUGCCACUCCGCUUCCAUUGUUGGAAGCAAAAACAAUUUUAAUUACAUUUCUAGAUUUCCAGAUGACGAACAAUUACUUAAACUUGCAGCUAAUUCAGGUUAUUUGCUUGUAGGAAGAACACCAAACGAAAGUAAAGUCCUUAUAAAUGACAAGACACAUACUUUCAAGACUAAAAAAAUAUUUCACAGCUGUGUGAGACAUCCAAGAAUUUCCAUUAUAAUUGAAGAUGAAAACGGUAACUUGAUUUUGCUUUCGAGAGGUGUUUAUAAGGUUAUGCUUAAUACUGUGAAAAAUAUUGAACAGUAUUCACAUGUAUACGAUUCAUUCCAUGAAAACGGGCUUCAUGUUGAAGUUUGUUCAUAUAAAUUUUUGACACAGCGAGAAUUAAAUAAUUUCGAACAAAAAAUUGAUUCACUUGGAGAAGGGAACAGUGAAUUUGAGUUUGCAUUUAUCGAAGCAUUAGAAUCACAGAGUACUUUUAUAUCCAUGCUUGGUUUCGAAGAUGUUCCAAGAGAUGGUUGUUUGUUAUUCCUUUCUCGCUGCAAAAAAGCAUUUAAUCAAAUUAUUAUUAGUUCUCAAUCGAAAGGAACAUCAUUAAUCAUCACGGAAAUAUCAUUGGGAUUACUAGAAAAGCCUAUUGUAGGAACAAUAAAAGGCAAUAUUCCAGAAGAUGUUGAUAUUUCCAUCUCUUAUAUAAUGGAGAAUUCAAAUUACGAUGUUUUGAUUAUCACAGGAAAUGCAAUUGUGCAUAUCAAGUUUCAGAGAUAA